CGGGCAGCUCCAAAUCUAAACAAACGUAAAAAAAAGUUAUUGAAAACAUCGCAGUUCGAUUGCAAAAAUGUCUCAAGCGCCAGAAUCCAACUCCAAGCAGAACUGCACGGAGAAAAAUUCCCAUUACGAAACGCUUAAUGUUGCACCAGAUGCGUCACAGGAACAAAUCCGCCAGGCGUAUCAGGCCCUGGCACUUAAAUACCAUCCGGACAAAAAUCCAUUGGAAUCCGACCAAUUCUUUCGAAUCAACGAAGCAUGGAAGGUGCUGCAGGAUCGGGAAAGUCGUCGGAUUUAUGAUGCUGAACGGAUGUUAGAUUCCUGUCGGGAGGAUUACUUCAUAAAUGAAACUCUUAAAAGAAGAGAUUUUCAACUAGAUGUCGUUGAGGAUGCUCGCUGGUAUGGAUGUCGCUGUGGUGGCAGAUAUUUGCUGCCCGAAGAGUUAGCUCCAGCCGAAACGUGUUACAUAGCUUGCGACGAAUGUUCGUUGGUGGUUCAAGUUGAUCCCUGAUGAAAAUGGAUAAAAUUAUAAAAUCAUUUUUAUGAAUAAAUAUUU